UAAUAAUUAUGCUUAAUUAAUUAAAUUACGAAGUGGGUACACUUUUUCUGGUGAUUUUCGCAGUUACGUUGGUACCGCGUCCCUCCAUUGUUUUUGCAUUUCCUUUAAAAUUGUGCAUAAAAACGCAAAAAAGCCGCAAAAACCACAACCCCAAUGGCUAGCGCCGCCGCUGCAAAAAUCGCCGAAGUGCGUGAAACCACGCGCGUGGAGCGCAUUGGGGCCCACUCCCACAUCCGGGGGCUGGGUCUGGAUGAGAGUCUCGAGGCCCGGCAUGUCUCGCAAGGGAUGGUGGGGCAGGUGUCUGCCAGGAGGGCUAUCGGGAUUGUCUUGAAGAUGGUGAGGGAGGGGCGGAUUGCUGGUCGGGCCGUGCUUUUGGCGGGGCAACCGGGGACGGGGAAAACGGCCAUUGCGACGGCUCUGGCCGCCGCCCUGGGGCAGGACACCCCCUUUACGAGCAUGGCAGGCUCGGAGAUUUACUCGCUGGAGAUGAGCAAGACGGAGGCGCUGACGCAGGCGAUUAGGAAGAGUAUCGGGGUGCGGAUCAAGGAGGAGAGCGAAAUAAUCGAAGGUGAAGUCGUCGAAGUACAAAUCGAACGUCCUGCCACCGGCGUUGGUACAAAAGUAGGUAAACUAAUCCUCAAAACAACGGAAAUGGAAACCGUCUACGACCUCGGUGGCAAAAUGAUCGAUUCGUUAUUGAAAGAGAAGGUUCAAUCAGGCGACGUGAUAACAAUUGACAAAGCCACCGGCAAAAUAUCGCGUCUUGGACGCUCUUUCGCACGUGCCCGAGACUACGACGCCACUGGCCAGCAAACUCGUUUCGUUCAAUGUCCCGAAGGCGAACUCCAAAAGCGGAAGGAAGUCGUUCACACAGUGACCUUGCACGAAAUCGACGUCAUCAACAGUCGCACGCACGGCUUCCUCGCCCUUUUUUCGGGCGACACCGGCGAAAUCAAGCCGGAAGUUCGCGAGCAAAUCAACGGAAAAGUGGCCGAAUGGCGCGAGGAGGGCAAGGCGGAAAUGAUCCCCGGGGUGCUUUUCAUCGACGAGGUCCACAUGCUCGAUAUCGAGUGUUUCUCGUUUUUGAAUCGCGCGCUCGAAAACGAAAUGGCGCCGAUUGUCAUCAUGGCGACCAAUCGGGGAAUCACACGCAUCCGUGGCACCAAUUACAAAUCGCCGCAUGGGAUUCCCCUCGAUUUGCUCGAUCGCAUGAUCAUCGUGCCCACGGCACCCUACGAUGAGAAGGAGUUGCGCGAGAUUUUGAGCAUCCGUUGCGAGGAGGAAGACUGUCAAAUGUCUGACAACGCACUGACUGUUUUGACACGAAUUUCGAAAGAAACGUCACUGCGCUACGGCAUGCAGUUGAUCAUGACGUCAAGUUUAAUUGCGCGCAAGCGCAAAGCCCCCGAAGUCGAUGUUGAGGACAUCAAGAGGGCGUAUCAAUUGUUUUUCGAUGAAGGGCGCUCGGUUCAAUUUCUCAAGGAGUACCAACAGGAGUUUAUGUUCAAUGAAGAUGACGCGAUCGAAAUGGACACGACUUAAUCGCGUUACCUUUGCCUUGUGACACUUGACCCGGGAAUUUUAUUGACAGUUGGAUUUCCCGCCAUUUUUUUCGGUUUUUUUUUUUUUAGUUAAUUGCAUCGCGUUCUAGAUCGGGUGAAUGGUGAAAUAUUCAGGUGUGUGUUGAGAAAUUUCCAUGAUGUUGUUUCAUGCGAAAUAAUUGGGGGAAACGGCAAUUUCGAGUCAAAUUUUUGACGUUUCCUUAAUCUUCUCGAAUCAAAGUGUCACACUUGACAUGUUUACAUAAUUCCGUUAUUAUGUAAGUUUGUGUAUUUUUUGAAUAAAAUAUUUAAUUAACAA